AUGGGCAAGGUGCCGCCUCAGACUCAUGAGCUCAUGCUACGUGGCGGCUUUAAGUAUGACGCCAAGAAGGACAAGUAUUUCAUGAAGAAGGAGGCUGAGUGGGACCGGCAGAAGCGCAUCGACAAAGGCAAGAAGCAGUAUGCAGUCCCCGCCAGCAGUGUCGAAGAGUUCCACGAAGAAGAGGAGAAGAUGGUGGAUGCCCUGCUCGACCGUUUGAAGAAGAAAGCCGAGUCUGAGGGCAAAACCGUUGGCGGUGGCGUGGACGACGAUGAUGUGGAGGCGAAGCCGGCUAAGAGGAAGAAAGCUGCUCCUGCAGAGGAAGAGGAGGAGGAGCCGGAAAAGGCCACAAAGAAGGCGAAGAAGGCAAGGAAGCAGGUGGAGGAGGAGGAAGACGAAGAUGAGUGA